AUGUUUAUCGAGAUGGUCAGACGUGCUGAUGAGGUUCCUGCUGCCUCAAGCACACCUUCCCCAGCCGCUCCACCUCACAACUCGGGCUCCGACAUGCGCAUGGGCGGCCCGGCGACGACAGCUAUUGCCAUUGUUGUGGCACUACUCCUGCUCGUCGGCAUCUCGUUGAUCGCCUUUUCAGAGCACCGCAAGAAGAAGAAGGCCGAUGCGGCAAGGAGGAAUGGGCCAGAUCUGGAGCGGUGGGACACAAGGCAGUCUGUGGCAUCGUUUGAUACCAUCGACGAGAUCAAGGAGCCGCAGCCUGUGGCGAGGAAUACGCUUCAAGGGCGACGGUUCAUGUUCCUUUCGAGGAACCGUUGA